AUGAAUCAAGACUAUUUUGGAUUGCCCAAGCCGGAGAAGGAGUUGCAUGCUCUGAUGGGUAUUAUGAAACUACGGAACGUUGGAAAGUUUGACGAACAGAAUGUUAAGUUCAAAAAGAGCGCAUUCCAGACAAAAGUUUUGGAAUGCGUUUAUGAAAUAACGUGCUUUCCAUCCUCAAGUACCAGGAAAGACCUAGCAAUACUCCUGUCAAUGCCAGAGAAGAGCGUGCAGGUGUGGUUUCAAAACUCACGUCAAGCCAAUAAAAGAUUAAAGAAUCACGUUUCAAUGCAAAAUACAGAAAUAUUUGAAGUAACGGUGCCGCAAAUACUAGAAAUCAUUAAGAAUGUUAAAAUAAGUCUGAAUUAUCAAUAA